AAAAUUACGUUAUAAUUAAAAUUUAAGUAAUUAAAAAAGACAAAAUUGCAAAAAUGGUCCCUAUGGUUUGCAUUUUUUCAAGAAAAAAGUCCAAACCACGAGUUUUUUGGUUUUGUGGUCCUUUUGGACUGGUUUGUUUGUGAGAAUGGUCCUUAUACUUAACACCCGUUAAAAAAAAUCCGUUAACCCCCUCAUGUGCCUUGCACGUGAGGGUAUUUUUGUCUUUUUACUUACAGUGUCAACACUUCCUUCUACCUUUUAUCCCUCAUUUACAAUCCCAAACACCCGUCAACUCCCCACCUCCCUCCUUCUUCCUUCUGCUCCAUUAAACCUGCAAAAAAAAAAAGUCGUUAUCGAAAGAACCUAAUCGAAGCAAAAGGAGACAAGGUCAUACUUUAAAGUCGAAAUGGUGUACGUAAUGUGGCAGAUCAGACCAAAAAAUGAAGUUGUCGACGUAUCAUCCUUAUAUGCGGGUGCACCCACAUGGUUUAGUAUUAAGCUUCAUCAUGGUGGGAAGUUUACUAAGUUACCUGACAUAAAGUAUACUGGAGGUUACCCAGACCCACGGAUGAUUGAAUUGAGUGUUGAAUCCCCAGUGAUAUACUACCAUUUCAGGAUACCCAAUGGUGACUUUCAAUUUGGUCUUAGAGCUUUAGGGAAUGAUCAGGAUGUUAUCAAUCUUUAUAAAUUUAUUCAAAAUAACAAGUUGAUUGAAGUGUACACAGAACAUGGGAAGACAAAUCUACUCACAUACUUCAUGUCUCCAAAUGCAAAGGGUAAAGUUGUCAUUGAGGAAUUACCAGAAAAUGAUGAUCAAGGGGCUAAAUAUGAGGCUGAAGUUCAUGUAGAAUCUCCAUUGAGAAAUAUGAACCAUGUCAAUGAUGAACCAAUUGGUGAGUACAUGUCUUUGAUUCUUUUUGGGAGUAAAACUGAUGCAUUCUCUCCAGAGUAUAGAAGGGGUAGAGUUGGGAAUUCAAAAAGAGAGGAAGGUUCUUGUAGCAAGAGGCUUAAUUUAGAGGAUAUUGAUGAUUUAAAAGAGAAGGAAAACACUAAUGAGGGUGUUAAGGAGGUUCAUGAGGCUGCAACUGUUGUUGAAGGAUGCUACAAUCCAUUUACUUCAAAUAUUGCUAAUGUAGGGGAUGAGAUGAUUGGGGUUCAUGAUAAUGACCAUAUUGAUGGAUGCUACAACACCCCACCCAUUAAUGAUGAUGAACAAUAUAAUGAACUUUUUGACAACCUUAUGGAAAAUUUAAAUGGAAGUGAUGAGUAUGUUGAAGAGUAUGAAGGGGAUGUUGAAUCUGAAGAGAGUGAUGAAGAGUAUGAAAAGGAUGAAGGUGAUGAUCAUGAUGGGAAACAAUCAGAAAAUGAAGAUAAAGUGGAUGACAUAAUGGAUGAGGAGAACAAUAUAGAAGAUGUUGAUGUGGACAUGGCAGACUUCUUUCUAAAUGUUGAAAGUGAUGUUGAAGGAGCAUGUAUUAAUGAUGGUCAUGAACCUGAAGAUAUGGAAGUGAUCAACAAUGAGGAGUUCGAAUCAUUGGAUGAAGGAUCAGACCAAGACAGAGAAAGAAGAGCUCUCAUAAGAAAUUUGGGAAAAGAAAAAAGGUGCAACCUUGGGUCAGUACAUAUACAGUCAUUCUCAGUGGGGCAAAAGUUUAAAAGUAAAAAAGAAUUAAAGGAGUUAAUUGAUGUGCACGCACUAGAAACAAGAAGGAAUCUAUUCUUUAAAAAAAAUGACAGUCAAAGGCUUAGGGCACAGUGCAGAGGAGUUGUACCUGUCAUCAAUAAAGGUCAAGUGGGGACUAAACCUACCACUUCAAAAAGCAAGGGCAAAGAAGUAAAGACACAAAAAGAAACAUGUGGUUGGUAUAUACAUGCAUCUAGAGCUUGUACUGCUUCUUUAAUCUGCAAGAAAAUCAUAGAUCAAGUUGAGGCAGAUCCGAAGAUUCCUUUGAGAGCCAUACAAGAUCACUUUCAAAAGACCUACCAGGUGGGUAUUUCAAUGGAUAAGGUGUUUAGGGCAAAAGAUAUGGCAAGAAAGCAUGUAACUGGGGACUACACAAAACAGUUUGAGUUGUUGAGGGACUAUGCUCUUGAACUUCAAGCUACAAACCCAGACACAACAGUCAAAAUAGAUGUGUGUCCUAAUGGCAACCCUGCAUCCCCAACAAGGCAGUUUAGAAGGAUUUAUGUAUGCUUGGGUCCACUGAAAAAAGGUUUCAAAGCAUGUCUUAGAGACUUAGUAGGUUUGGAUGGUGCCUUCAUGAAAGGCCCAUUCCCUGGUCAGGUUCUUACAGCAGUUGGUCUAGAUUCCAACAAUGGAAUUUAUCCCUUAGCCUAUGCAAUUGUUGAGUCUGAAAACACAGCUAGCUGGAAGUGGUUUUUAGAAAACCUUGGGGAUGACUUGGAGCUUGGGAGCAACUCAAACUAUACUUUCAUAAGUGACAGGCAAAAGGGAUUACAAAUUGCAGUUGAUCAAUUGUUUCCCAAUGCUGAGCAUAGGUAUUGUAUUAGACAUAUUCAUGACAAUAUGAGAAAGAAGUGGGGGCAAACUGAGUACAGGGACCAUUUAUGGAGGUGUGCAUCAGCAACCACCAUUCCUGAGUUUGAACAUUUGAUGAAAGAGUUUAGUGAGUAUGAUAAGGAGGCAUGUCAAUGGUUGAAGCAAAUUCCUCCUGUACAUUGGGCAAGGAGUCAUUUCUCAGGAAGAGCUGUUUCUGAUGUGUUGAUUUCAAACAUGUGUGAAGUGUUUAAUGGGAAGAUAGAGAAAGGCAGGGACAAACCUGUAAUUUCAUGUUUAGAGUUCAUUAGGGAGUAUCUAAUGAAGAGGAUAUGCAAUGUCAUGAAGGCAAUGAAGAAGGCUAAAGGUCCACUAACACCUACAGCAACAGACAUCCUAGAUGCAAGGAAAAAAGGUGCUUCACAAUAUAUUGCUAGGUGGAAUGGGGCAAACAAGUAUCAAGUCACUGCAGCAUUGCAAGAUCAACAUGUGGUGGAUGUUAGGAACCAAACCUGUACUUGCAGAAAGUGGGAAUUAAUGGGAAUACCUUGCAGGCAUGCAAUUGCAACUCUGAAUGAAAUGAGCAAAGACCCUGAGGCUGAGCUUGACAUUUACAAGUGGGUACACAAGGUGUAUUGGCUAGAGACAUGGCAAAAAGCUUAUUCAUUUAAGGUGGAACCAAUUAAAGGGAGACCCAUGUGGCCUAAAAGUAAUUGUCCAACAAAGCUAAUCCCUCCUCCACAUCACACUCAGGUGGGAAGGCCUAAGAAAAAAAGAAGACAAAGUGAGGGUGAAAGGUUAAGCAAAAGGCAGAAGGCAAGUGAAGGUGAUGGAGUCAAUGAGAUGCAAGGAGAAAAUUCCCAAGGGCCAAGAAAUGAUGGAGUGCAGAAGCUAUCAAGGAAACAUGUUAGUGUUACUUGUAGCAAAUGCAAGAAUAAAGGACACAACUCUAGGACCUGUAAAGGGCAAGGAGGGAAUCAAUCUAAGAAGUGAUUGUGGUUAUUUGUUGUGGUGCAAUGACUAUUUAGUUUCUUGUUGUUAAAAACUGUUUGUUUUUGAAAACUUUAGUUAUGGUUUGAUGAUGUGGUUAUGUAUGGUGCACAGACACUUGUAUGCUUAACUUGGUAAUGGUUUUUGGUUCCACUCAUGUGGUUAAUGGAAUGUUCAUUUUGGUAAAUUUAUGACAUGU